CAGGAUGCAAGCGAACGUAACAGUAAACCUGAAGUGGUUGCAGGUUACUUUAUUAGUGCUGUCAUUGAGUUGGGAGGCUGCCCAAAAAUAAUCAGAUCCGAUCUCGGUACUGAAAAUGUGCACGUUAACAGACUACAGCGUUUUCUACGUGAGGAUGAAAACGGCACACUUUCUGAACCUGCUAUUCUUCAAGGAAGAGGUACUGCAAAUCAGAGGAUUGAAUGGUGGUGGGGAUUCUAUCGGAGGCAAAAUGUGGACUACUGGAGAGAUUUGUUUCUAGAGUUUCAGUCUGUGAGAGACUUCAAUGGUGACGUGGUUGACAAAGGUCUCAUUCAGUUCUGCUUUCUUGGCGUUAUUCAGUGUUUAAUAAUUUAGAAGUUUGAUGGGAAUUGAUGAUGGAGAGUGACACAAUGGAAGUACUAGAAGAGCUGGUGGAGAGAGGCCUGCAGCUACAGAAGAAAAGACACCAGCUAAAGAAACAAGAGCAAAAUCUUUUAAAGGGGGAUCAAACCCUGAAAACACAUAAACAGCAGCAGUGGGAGGAUGAACAAAGAACACGGGAGCUUGAACAACAUUUGACAAACUUGAACUUACAGUUCCAGGAGCCAUUUUCACAGGGUUUGGAAGUGAUGCAGAAGAUUUCAAUGGAGAUUAGAAACUGCUUGGAAAAUCUCCACCAAGAACUCAUGGGGAAUCAGCAGGAAUGGGAGAAAGAAUGCAGACAAUGGGAGGAAGACCAACAACAGUGGGAAGAGGACUGGCAGAUGGAAGAGAUGAACCAGAACUCCAUAAAAAUGCAGCUGGAUCUUCAAGGAAAGCCAGAGAUGGUGUUUAAGAAAGAAGAUGGCACUAAAUCAGUGAAUAACUGCUGCAAGUUCUGUAUAUAAACGUCAAACGUUAAAUGGACUAUUUUACCAUCAGUGUUAAGUUUUUUCUACAUGUUUGCAGUCUUGAGUCUCCAUUAGCCUGAUUCACUUCAGAAUAAGAAGAAGGAAAAAGAAUAACCUGCAGCAUGUACAAGGGUCAGUUA